ACAAAAGCAAGAAAAACAAAGAAGAUAUCUCUAAGUCUAACGACUUCUCCAGCUCAAAACUCCUCCCUCCCUCUUCUCACAAAAACUCGAGUGAAAUGCUUUGUUCUUCCUAGAACAGUACUUGAUAGAUGUUCUACUGCUGUGCAGUGUUUGUUUUUUCUUCUAGUCUUCAGCUUGCUUAAUUCCGAGCGUUACCUGUUAUACUUUAACAGUUUAAUUUGGUUUAAUAAGCUACAUCAUACAUGACAUUGACAGGGUUAUCCACACGCCACCUAGUCCAAACUCACGCACCAUAUUUUGUUUCUCAUGCUUGCUCUCCUUCUCUUUCUGAUGUUACCUCCUUUCAAGCUUUCCCGGCGACCGCCAUCUCUCAAAAACAGAUGGCACUUGCAAACAUGUGUUACAUCAACUUUAAAAACCACAGAAGACUGGAGGUUGUUUGUCUUGGUAUGUUGGCACCAAGAAAGUUUAUGCAAAAGAGGAAGAAAAUAGAACUUUUCAAAGAUGGAGCCCAUGAAGCAGAUCAAAAAAGCUGGUGGAAACUUAUGCAGGAAAUUGAGGAGACUGGUUCUGCAGUUCCUGUUUUGAUAAGUCGAAAGGCGUCCAAUGUAUCUCUUCCUAAAGAACUUGUAUUAGGGACGUUGGUCAGAUUGAAGCAAUUGAAGAAAUGGAAUCUUGUUAGCGAGAUUCUUGAAUGGCUAAGGACUCAGGAGUGGUGGGACUUCAACGAAAUGGAUUUUGUGAUGCUUAUCACAGCUUACGGGAAGCAAGGGGACUUCAUAAAAGCUGAGAACAUAUUCAGCUACAUGAACAAGAAGGGAUUCGCUCCAAAUGUAGUGUCCUAUACUGCUCUUAUGGAGGCAUAUGGGAGAGGAGGCCAAUACAAUAAAGCCGAGUCUGUAUUUCGUAGAAUGCAGACUUCAGGUCCUGAACCCUCUGCUUUGACAUAUCAAAUAAUUCUUAAGAUAUAUGUUGAGGGAAACAAGUUUACAGAAGCUGAACAAAUAUUUGAGAAUUUGACUAAGGAUGAGAAAUCGCCUUUGAAGCCAGAUCAGAAGAUGUUCCAUAUGAUGAUUUACAUGCAUAGGAAGGCUGGAAGCUAUGAGAAAGCCUACAAACUCUUCUGUCUAAUGGCUGAACGGGGAAUUCACCGAUCCACAGUUACUUUCAAUAGUCUAAUGUCAUUUGAAACCAGCUAUAAGGAUGUAUCACGUAUUUACGAUCAGAUGCAAAGAGCAGGUCUCAGACCAGAUGUUGUAAGCUAUGCUUUACUCAUCCAUGCUUAUGGGAAAGCCAGACGCGAGGAGGAAGCACUAGCAGUUUUUGAGGAAAUGCUGGAUGCUGGUGUCAGACCGACACAUAAAGCUUACAACAUAUUGCUUGACGCUUUUGCUAUCUCGGGGAUGGUGGAGCAAGCUCGAACUGUCUUUAAGUCCAUGAGGCGUGAUAGGUUGACCCCUGAUCUAUGCUCCUAUACAACUAUGUUGUCAACAUAUAUAAAUGCUUCUGACAUGGAUGGUGCUGAGAAAUUUUUCAAGAGACUGAGACAAGAUGGAGUUGAGCCCAACGUCGUUACGUAUGGGACUUUGUUGAAAGGCUACGCAAAAGUAAAUGAUCUUGAAAAGAUGAUGGAAACAUAUGAAGAAAUGGUAACACACGGAAUUAAAGCAAAUCAAACAAUAUUUACCACGAUAAUGGAUGCAUACGGGAAGAACAAAGAUUUUCCGAGUGCCGUGCAUUGGUUUCAGGAGAUGGACGUUCGUGGAUGCCCUCCUGAUCAAAAGGCAAAGAAUAUCCUCCUGUCACUAGCUUCAACAGAAGAAGAACGAGAGGAAGCUAAUAAACUCGUGGGAAGUGAGACAAGCAAUCAAACCUCUCGGUUCUCUGAAUUCAGUAGUGAUGAUGUAGAUGAAGCUAGUGAUGAUGAUUAUUCUGAUGACGAAGCAGAGGCGAAGAUUACCUUCGACUCUUAUGAAAAGGUAUAGGAUGAGUUGGUGGCUGAUAAAGGUUCAUGAUAGUUAGGCACGCUGAUUGUAAAGCUCUUAAAUCACUGAUCCCUCGAAAAAACGGAAGGGCUUCUCUGGUCCUCCUGAACUUGAGAGUUCUGACGAGGACUGAGAGAACAAGGUCUAUGGUGAUGUCAUAAUUUACUCAUGACACCGAAGUAAAUCACCAUAUUUGUUUGUAUAUUUUCGAACCCAUAUUUUAGAUUGGUUCCUUAACUUGAUAGAGAACUGUUUCGAGGCAUGUAUUAUGGUAGUGAAAGAAGUGUUACAUAUAGCAAUAUAUUAUAAGUUCUUAUUUCAA